AUGCGGCCCACCCCGUCGGCGUUGCAUUCGCAGGGCCAGAAGCUCUAUCAAAAAGGGGACUUCAAGGCGGCCAUCACGGCGUUUACAGAGGCCUUGAAGCAGAAGGAUGCCGACGCUGUGGGUAUCUUGGACAAUCGAGCCGCGACAUACUGUAAAUUGGAGCAGUAUGACCAGGCGCGCCGAGAUGCAAAACAUAUGAUUAAACAAGCCAAGGAGGAUGAACGGGGCUACUUGCGAUGCGCUAAGGUUCUCCUACUUGAAGCUAAACCAGAGAAAGCAUUGGAGAUUUAUGCCUAUGGUCUCAAAGUGCUUCCAAGUGGACACCCUCGUCGCGAGAUAAUGGAGCAACUUCACAAGAAGCUCGAAGACCGAAUGAACUUGAACAGGAAAGAUCCUUUUACAAUGCUUCCCUUAGAAAUGGCAGCACUCGUUAUCGAGCAUUUUUCAUUCAAAAAUAUUGUGGGCAUUCUUCGGGUUUGCAAAAGUUGGGAGCGAUUUUUUGGCAACAUGCGCGAGCUCUGGAUGAAGAUAGAUCUGUCCGGUGCUCGCCAAAAGGUGCCAUGGACCGCCGUUAGGGCGUACAUCCGUCGCUCUCGGGGGUUGCUCACUCAUGCGACAUUCAAGAACCUCGCCUUGUCGUCGACGCCGAAAAGCAUCGAGUUCCUCAGCAGAUGCCCGCGUCUAGAGCAUCUCGAGCUUUGGGUCAAUCACGACUUUAAGGAUAUCUUCCAAAAGUUUAAGGGCUGCAAGUCUUUGAAGAACAUCAUCUUAUCGGCGGAGAUUUCCGUGCCACAUAGCUGUCUUGAAAGGCUCUUGACGCAAUUUCCGAAACUCGAGCGGAUUGAACUAUGGAGUGUGAAGCAUUCCCUUCUUACCAUCGGCGAAGGGAAUUGGCCGCAAAGCCUACCCAACUUGAAGAGCAUCACUCUGGCCACCCAGCAAGCGGUAUCGACGGCUCCACCAACCGCUCUAGUUAUCCCGAAUCUGGAUCAUACCUUGGUUGUUCUUCCCCCGUCGCCGGACGAUGGAGAUGAAGCGCCGCCUAUUCAAUUCCCACCACUCCGACGCCUCGAAUUAAAUGGCCUGACGAUUGGCAGCAACUUCUGCUCAAUCCUACCAACUACAAUUGAAUAUCUCAGCCUCAAAGGGGGAUCCUCAAGAUCAACUGCCGAUUUCUCCGACACUCAAAAGUUUGAGAAGCUCAGCACUCUAAUGCUGAAGGACGCCGGGUGGGUGAACGUUACCACAGCUACUUUCAUGAUCUGUGGCACCCAAGCACCUCUCCGAGUCUUGCAUAUCGACGAAUGUUUCAAUCUGUCGGACAGAUGCUUCAUGGAAGUGCUGCGAUAUGCAAGCGAACACAACCCGGAAGUUUUCAACUUGACUGAGCUGAGCCUUGUACAAAUGCAAGGCUUUGACGAUUCGUUCAUGAAGCGUGUCUGUGUACAAUUUCCAAAGCUCAAAGCCUUGAAUCUUUCGAAAACCCGGGUCACGGGCUGCACUAUCCGCGAUCUUGCUGAUGCAAGAUUAAAUGAGUCUUCCGAGCUACCGAGCUUGGACGUCCUCUGUGUCCGUGGCUGCGAGAGUGUAUCUUCUGACGCGAUCGCUUAUGGCCGUGAACGUGGGCUAGAGGUUAUCACUUGA